CCCACGGGAUAGAAGGUGGGUUGUAUUAAUUAUUUGACAGCCAAGCCUCAAUAAAAAUUUCUAAUUCAUUCGUCAUUUCGGAAAGUGCCUUAGAAGUUGUCACCAGCAUGAAGCGACACUCCAGAUCAGGAAGUAUAGGAGGUAUCCAGGACGUAGACCCUGAAGUAAACAAAGGUCAUCUCAAUACCAAAAAUGAGAAAAUUAAAAAAGGAAAGCUGAGUGCCAUCAAGCGGUAUUUGAUUGACUACACCGCAAACUCAAAUCUUCACGGUCUGAAGUAUAUUGGAGAAAAGGAGAGAACUUUGAUUGAAAAAAUUUUCUGGCUUCUAAUGUUUUCCUGUUCUUUAAUAUUCUGUAUUGGAAAGAUUCACUUAAUAUGGAUUAGAUGGAACGAAAGUCCCGUCAUUGUAAGCUUCGCGGAAAAAUCAACACCAGUUUGGCAGAUCCCAUAUCCAGCCGUGACUAUUUGUUUUGAAACAAAGGCUCGACAAACCAUAUUUAAUUUUACCGAAUACUAUCAUCUGUACAAGAAUGAGACUACACGUGCGAAUUUAACCGAAGAAGAACGCCACCUUUUUGAGGACGUAUCUAUGGUUUGCGAUGAUCACUUGGCCCCAUCAAGUGGAAGAAGAUUUUCUAAUGGAAACGUAACAGUUGAGAAUCUUAAAGAGCUAUCACCAAACAUAACUGAGAUGCUCUUCGCUUGUAAAUGGAAAGAUGUUUCCCGCGUGAAUUGUUCGGAUUUAUUUUUGCCGAUCAUCACUGAAGAAGGUGUUUGCUAUACCUUCAAUACCUUGGGUGCUGAGGAAUUAUUUAGAGUUGAAAACCUCAAUAAGGACUAUGGUUAUUUAGAAUAUUCAAAACGAAAUUCUAGUCAAAUUUGGACGUUAGAAGAUGGAUAUCCUCCUGAUAGUCCGGUAGAGACGUACCCUCAUAGAGGCACUGGAUUCGGCGCAAAAUCAGGAUUAACGUUUUUGUUGAAAGCUAAGCAAAUGGAUCUUGACUACCUUUGUAAGGGUCCAGUUCAGGGGUUUAAGAUAUUACUUCAUAAUCCGGCAGAAUUGCCUCGUCUGUCAAAACAAUAUUUCAGAUCACCUUUAUCCCAAGAGGUAGUAGUUGCAGUAAAACCUAAUAUGAUGACGACUUCUGAAGGAUUGAAACCUUACGACCCUACAAGACGUCAAUGCUAUUUCCCAACGGAGCGUUACCUACAGUAUUUUAAAAUUUACACACAAGCUAAUUGUGAAAUAGAGUGUCUAUCAAACUUCACAUACACUAGGUGUGGCUGUGUUCAUUUCGGCAUGCCUCAUGGUCCUACAAUACCCGUAUGCAAUGCCGGCAGUAUGGCAUGCAUGAAGAAAGCACAAAUGGAAUUAGUCACAGCAGAAAUUCAAACCAAUUUGGAAAAAGAUGCAGCUGAUAACGGUACCCUUGGUGAGGCUCUACUAGUAGCCGCAAAAUGCAAAUGUCUUCAAGCUUGCACGUCUAUAGAAUACGAUGCAGAAACAUCACAAGCUGACUACGAUUGGCAAUCCAUAUUCAGAGCUCAUCGUCAAGAAAUUGAAGAACAGGAUAAGGAUGUCUUCGUAGCUCGCGUUUUGAUUUUUUUCAAAGAAGCUCAAUUUAUAACUUCACGACGAUCCGAAUUGUAUGGUCAAACAGAGUUUUUAGCCAAUGUCGGUGGUCUGCUCGGACUCUUUUUGGGUUUCUCCAUACUAAGUUUAGCUGAAAUACUAUAUUUCCUAACCCUAAGACUUUACUGCGUUCUGUCAAAGCGCCGACAAGUGAAGCAAAAAAGCCUUGCUACAAUUAAUGGAUCUCAUAACUUUAAUACAAAUUCAAAGAAUCAAUUCAUUGAUUAAAAAAGUGCUUUAUCGAUUAGGAAUUAAAAUCGAUUUAUAAUUUAUGAAACUCAUCACUAACUAACGUGUAAAUUAUUGAGACAAAGUUUUUACAUUUUUUUAGUCUCCAGUUUAAAUGACUACUAAGUACUAACUGAAUAACGUUGAUGGGGAAAAUCAAUACUAUUAAGUUAUAGCUAUUUAAAACUUUAUAUAUCUUUGUACUGUUCAUACAAAAAUAGAUGAUAUAGUUAAAAAAAAUGAAAAACUCAAAUUUCAUAUUUUCCACCUUCGAUGAUGAUUUCCUGAGACAUCAAAUUGAGUUAAUUUUACUUUGAUAUCACUUCGUCACAUAGCUUUAUUUAAGUCACUACUAACCACUUGACAGUUUUACCUUUUAUUAUUAUUAUGUUUCGGGUCUUUAACUUGUUAAAACAAGCAAAAUAAAAGCUAAAAUCAUUCAAUUGACGACAGUUGAUAGAUAAUUUAAAUUAGAUAGACUUAAUUAAUGUUAAUUUUCUUCAAUUAAGUUAUUGAUAUUCAAAUGGGGUGCUACUGCUACUACUGCACCUUAUUACUAAUACAUAUUUAACACAUUAAAUACGUUUAAAAUCACUUUCUAGUGUUUAAAUUACUAUUAUGCUAAUAAUCAUUAAGAUGCUUCAUUAGUAUAAGAUAUAUGUAAGAAUACAUUGUGUUUACUUCACUUUAGUCUAAAAAAAUAUUAAGCACAUUGAA